AAAAAGAGAGAGCAAAGCAAACUGAGCUAAGCUAAUAAACCCUCCUGGGUCUUCUUCUGUCUAUUCCCUAUACUUCCAAAGUUCCAUUUGUUGUGUGGCGCCUCUGUCUCUGGGUGACGUUAAUCUGCCCUUUUGUGCUAAAACCUGCAAUUUGUUAUUAGGGUUUCAGUUGCUAGUUUCUCCGUAGAUACAUGGCCCCCGAUGCUUCUGAUGCUCUUGCAGUGAGGCAGAAAGUUCAGUUGUUCCUCAAUGCUGCAAGAACUGGGAAUCUGGAUCUUCUGAGGAAUGUAGCAGCGCAGCUCGAUGAUGGGAAAGGAAUGGCAAAAACUGUGGCGGAUAUAAAGGAUGCUAACAAACGAGGGGCUCUUCAUUUUGCGGCGAGGGAGGGACAGACUGAAGUAUGCAAGUUCUUAGUUGAGGACUUGAAGCUUGAUGUGGAUACGAAGGAUGAAGAUGGUGAGACUCCUCUUCUUCAUGCUGCUCGGCAAGGACAUACUGCUACUGCUAAAUACCUUAUUGAGCAUGGUGCCAAUCCUUCCAUGCCAAGUGAUUUAGGGGCCACAGCUUUGCAUCAUUCUGCAGGGAUAGGAAAUAUUGAGUUGCUGAGGUAUUUACUUUCCAAGGGUGUUGAGGUUGAUUCUGAAAGUGAUGCUGGCACUCCUCUAAUCUGGGCUGCCGGACAUGCUCAGCCUGAUGCUUUGAAAAUUUUGUUAGAGCACCAUGCUAACCCUAAUAGUGAAACGGAAGAUAAUAUAACUCCACUAUUGUCAGCUGUUGCUGCUGGUUCAUUAGCUUGUUUAGAAUCAUUAGUUCAGGCAGGUGCUGAUGUUAAUGUUAUUGCUGGUGGAGCCACUCCAUUGCAUAUCGCUGCUGAUAAUGGGAGCUCUGAAAUCUUGAACUGUUUAUUAAAAGCUGGGGCUGAUCCUAAUGUUGUUGAUGAGGAUGGCCAGAAACCAAUACAGGUUGCUGCAACAAGAGGCAAUCGUGCAGCUGUUGAGAUCCUUUUUCCCUUGACAUCAGAAGUUCAAACUAUCCCCGAGUGGACUGUUGAUGGAAUUCUUGAAUACAUGCAGUCUGAAACUAACAAACAACUGGAAGAAAUGAGGAAUCUGAGGGAAGUUAUUGCUACAGAGGGCAAUUCAGUACCCAAGAAUGAUCUCCCUGAGGUAUCACUUGAAGCAAAGAGGAGAGCUGCAGAAGCAAAAUCAAGAGGAGAUGAUGCUUUCAGAAGAAAGGAUUAUCGUAUGGCUGUGGAUGCUUAUACACAGGCAAUUGAUCUAGACCAUACUGAUGCCACUUUGCUUUCAAAUAGAAGCCUUUGUUGGGUACGCUUGGGACAACCUGAGCAUGCAUUAACUGAUGCAAAGGCUUGCAGAGCAUUAAGACCAGAUUGGUCAAAAGCUUGCUAUCGGGAAGGUGCAGCUCUGCGUUUAUUGCAGAGGUUCGAUGAAGCAGCAAAUUCAUUUUAUGAGGGUGUGAGGCUUGACCCUGAAAAUAAGGAGCUUGUGUCGGCAUUUAGGGAAGCUGUUGAAGCUGGGAGAAAGUUUCAUGGUACAGAUGAAGGAAAAUCAUAAUAUCUUCAGCGACAUACGAACUCCAAGGACAGAGACAAAAAGUUGUGGUGACGGUUAUGCAUCCCCUCCCCCUCCCCCCUUCCUUCUUCUCCCUCUUUCUCCUCCUCCUCUAUACUUGGUGAGAAACUGUAAGCAUAUGUUUGUUUUGGGUUAAAGCUCCGUGAAAAGGAGGAGAAAUUGUACACAUAAGCUACUAAUAUUUAAUAGGUAAUUAACAUGUUGGCAGUGUUCUCUUAAUUUUGUUAUAAAUUGAUGGAGCUUUUGGCA